AUGCCUACCCAGGGCCAGUGUGGAAUAGAGGUUAAAAGCAUGUGGGGAGUCCCUGUCCAGGCACUGAAGUUCUUUCAUUUUCUCUUUCAGGAUGUGUCUCGAAAACACCACACCUGGAAGGAGCAGAGUCCCUGGCUUUCUUCCCUGGUCAGUGCUGUGGGGACUGGUGUGCCCACCAAGGGCUUCCCCACGGGUGCCGAGGAGCUGGCGGCCAGCUGGAACCCACCUCGCUGCGGCGUGCCCGACCUCCCCACGCCGCCUGACAGCCAGAACGGGCGCAAUCGGCAGAAGCGGUUCGUCCUCUCAGGCGGGCGCUGGGACAAGACUGACCUCACCUACAAAAUUGUCAGGUUCCCAUGGCAACUCGUAAAAGCUAAAGUGAGACGGACCAUCGAGGAAGCUUUGAAAGUGUGGAGCGAUGUGACCCCGCUGACCUUCAGCGAGGUGCAGGAGGGCCGGGCAGACAUUGUCAUUGACUUCACCAGGUACUGGCAUGGAGAUAACCUGCCUUUUGAUGGGCCUGGAGGGAUCCUGGCACACGCAUUCUUUCCCAAGACCCACCGCGAGGGAGACGUCCAUUUUGACUAUGAUGAGACCUGGACUAUUGGGAACAACCUGGGCACUGACCUCCUCCAAGUGGCUGCUCACGAGUUUGGCCAUGUGCUCGGCCUGCAGCACACAGCUGUCUCCAAGUCGCUGAUGUCUCCUUUCUACAUUUUCCGCUACCCACUCAGCCUGAGUGAGGAUGAUAAACAAGGUAUCCAGUACCUCUACGGGAAACCCAAACUUGAUCCCAAUCCAACCCCGACCCAGCCAGCAGAGCCACCUCAGCCAGACCUUGAAACAAAUGAGAUCACCAACGUGGAGUCUGUGCAGCCCGACGCCUGCAACACAGAUUUCGAUGCCGUGUCCACCAUCCGGGGUGAGCUGUUCUUCUUCAAGUCUCGCUUUGUGUGGCGGCUGCGAGCUGGCAAACUGCAGGCUGGCUACCCGGCUCUGGCCUCUCGUCACUGGCAGGGGAUCCCCAGCUCCGUUGAUGCCACCUUUGAGGACCCUCAGGGCAAUAUCUGGUUUUUCCAAGACUCGCAAUACUGGAUUUAUGAAGGCGAAAGGCGGGUUUCUGGCCCCACCCCUAUUGUGGAGCUGGGCCUUCCUGCUUCUCCUGUCCAGGCAGCUUUGGUGUGGGGGGCUGAGAAGAACAAGAUCUACAUCUUCAGUGGAGGCAACUACUGGCGCUUCAACCCUCAUACCCGCCAGGUGGACAACAUCUACCCUCGGACCAUGGCUGACUGGCGUGGCGUCCCUCAGGAAAUUGAUGCUGCUUUUCAGGAUGAGUUUGGUUUUGCCUACUUUCUGAGAGGCCAAAACUACUGGAAAUUUGACCCGGUGCAAGUCAAAGUGCUGGACGGCUACCCACGUCAGAUCAGCCAGGACUUCUUCAGCUGCACACCCGUCUCCAACUCCUUCAGAUGAAAAAGGAUGCCCAUGUCCUCCACAUUUCCCUCUUGUCUCCCUUAUAUCCAGCAGCCGCCCAGACACAGGGCUCCCACUGCCACUUCUGGCUCCCUUUAAGGCUCAGCAUCUGACACAACUGGUGUUUGUCACAAGGGACAAA